AUGACGAAUGCGGGCAAGGUUUAUAUCAUCGGCGCCGGGCCCGGUGACCCCGAACUCCUGACCCUGAAAGCCAAGCGGUUGAUUGAAACCUCCGAUGUGAUAAUUUACGCCGACUCGCUGGUGCCGGAAGAAAUUGCCGGUUUUGCCCGUGCCGGCGCCCAGAUCUACGGCAGCAAGGAUAUGUCGCUGGAUGCAAUCAUGUCGGUGACGCUGCAAGCCGUGGCCGACGGCAAAACCGUUUCGCGCAUCCAGAGCGGGGACCCUUCGUUGUACGGCGCCACUCUGGAACAAAUGCGGAUUCUGGAAUCGGAGCAGGUUGACUACGAGAUUAUCCCCGGCGUCAGUGCCGCCUUCGCCGCCGCCGCCGUGCUCAAGGUCGAGCUGACGGUACCGGAAGUGUCGCAAACCGUCAUCAUGACGCGCGCCGAGGGGCGAGUGGCGAUGCCGGAGGGCGAGGAUCUGGUUGACCUGGCUCGCCACGGCAGCACGCUGGUGAUAUUCCUCAGCGUGACCCGCAUGUUCCGCAUCGCCAACCAACUGCAGGAAGCCGGCUAUCCCGCCGACACGCCGGUGGCAGUGGUUUACCGGGUCGGCUGGCCCGAAGAGUUGGUGAUUCGAGGGACGCUCGAAGACAUCGCGCAGAAAGUGCGUGACGCCAAAAUCACGCUGCAGGCGCUCAUCAUCGUCGGGCAAGCGGUGAACCCCAGCCUGCUCGACCCCAAUUCCGGUGAGAAAGUCGCCGUCUCACAUCUCUACUCCGACGAGUACACCCAUUUGUACCGCCGGGCCGGUCACGGCGACCACGCGGACGCCGACCGCGCCGACCUCUACGCGCCGGAGGCUAUGAGAUUCAACCGGAAGCCGUCGCACCCGUAG